UGGUGGCGGCGCCGGUGUCCAAGCCGCCUUGCCUCCACCUUCUCCCGGCCUUCGGCUUCCCCAGCCCCGCUCGCCUUUCCCAGUGGAUGCUGCGCAUCUCGGAGCGGAACAUGAAGGUUCUCUUCGCCGCUGCCCUGGUCUUGGGCUCUGUCCUCUUUUUGCUGUUGCCAGGACCCUCUACGGCCGACGAGAAGAAGAAGGGGCCCAAAGUCACCGUCAAGGUGUACUUCGACUUGCGAAUUGGAGAUGAAGAUAUAGGCCGGGUGGUCAUUGGUCUCUUUGGAAAGACUGUUCCAAAAACAGUGGAUAAUUUCGUGGCCUUAGCUACAGGAGAGAAAGGAUUUGGCUACAAAGACAGCAAAUUCCAUCGUGUAAUCAAGGACUUCAUGAUCCAGGGUGGAGACUUCACUCGGGGAGACGGCACUGGAGGUAAGAGCAUCUAUGGAGAACGCUUUCCCGAUGAGAACUUCAAGCUGAAACACUACGGGCCUGGCUGGGUGAGCAUGGCCAAUGCGGGCAAAGAUACCAACGGCUCCCAGUUCUUCAUCACAACAGUCAAGACAGCCUGGCUGGAUGGCAAGCACGUAGUGUUCGGCAAAGUUCUAGAGGGCAUGGAGGUAGUGCGGAAGGUGGAGAGCACCAAGACAGAUGGUCGGGACAAGCCCCUAAAGGAUGUGGUCAUCGCAGACUGUGGCAAGAUUGAGGUGGAGAAGCCCUUUGCCAUCGCCAAGGAGUAGGGCCCCAGGGACCUCUUUGAGCAACUGUCUGCAGCCCUGUUGCCCUCUUGAGGGGUGAAGACAGCCCGCCACAGGGCUCUGCUGCACGGGCCCUAGUGCUGGCAUCUGACGGAGUGGAACCCCUCCCCUCACAUUCCACAGGUCCACAGGCCCAGUUUUAUAACAAACUCCUACCAACUGCUGACCAAUAAAAAAGGUGGGUUUUUUUUAUAA